AUGUUUGAUGAGCGCCCAGAUCCAGCUUCUCAAGUCGCUGAUCAUGAAUUGGGCAAUGCUGAGACUGACAAGCUUGUCUGCCUUCUGGAAAAGCUCUUCGCGCCAAAUGACGAGCAGGCGGCUGCUUUGGCAGACCUGACCAAACUUCCGCCAUUGCCGCAGCUGCCGUUUCCCUCGGUGUUCGAGGGCAUACUCCAGGAAGGUACCGCGCUUUUGAAUGUGCCGCUUGCUGGCGAUGACAGCAUUUCAGUCCUAGGAAGCGGGGAAGGGCGGUUGCCCUUGGUGGUCUUCUUGCUCGGCCUCGGUGGCAAUGCCGUGGGUGUGGAGAAGGACGGCCUGCAACAUGCGAGGGCCCUUUUGGCGCUCCGCCGGCUGAGGGAUCUCCUUUUUGCGCAUGGAUCCGGACUCGUUGACAAAGACGCAACGUGUGAGGGUGAUGCAGCGAAAGGUGGAUGCGGGAAGGAUCUGGCUCUCGCAACCAGAUGUCCUCGAUCCUGUUACAAUAGGACUCAGCCGAGCGUCUUGGAGUGGAAGGGGAAGUCUGUGUCGCUGCUUCCUCAAGCUCCUACCAGCACAAACCUCUCACAGGCGACAGUGGUCAUCCUCGAACAGGACGGGUCGGCCGCAGCGGAUCGUCCGAAAGAGUUAGCGGCUCCUCUGAUUGCCAAGCUGGAAGCGGAUUUGGUUCCGGGUUGCACCGUUUGGAGCCUGGACGAGCUGCAGCUCCGUGGGGCAACUGCCCAGGAGGCGGUGCCAAGCGAGCCUCCCGAGGAGGGCAAGGCAGCAAAGAAGCCUGCCAUGAUCACGGUGCCCGCUGGCGGCUUGGUGUUUCUGCGCCGCCUUCAUGUGGCAGGCGCCUGGUCCCGAGACGUGCCUUACCACGUUUACCUUCGCGUGCCAGCGCCCCCUGCGAGCCUUCGGCCGGCUUGGCCCCUGUCAGUUGAAGCAGCAGCGCAGCUGCAGCGAGCGGCCACCGAAGAGCUUCGGCGAAUGGGUGCCAUGCGCCUCUCGGGUGCUGUUCUGUCAGAGAUGCGCUUCAUUGACGCCAUGGUGGCAGCCCACGGGUCGCGUGAGACGGCGGCACGGCGGCUGGCGCGGGCGUUUGGGAGUCCAGUAGCUGCGCUGGGCUCUGUUGGGCCAGACUGGUGCAGAUGUCGGCCCAGACAGCACCAAGACCAGGCCUUUGAGGUCGGGGCGCUCAACCUCAUGGCCAUGUUUCUGCUUGCAGUUCACAGCCCUGCAAAUCAAUGCAACUUGCAAGUCUGUACUGCAGCUGACAAGCUGGUGGCUGUUGCCACGGCUGAGCUGCGAAGGCAGUUACUGUCCGGCAACGCAGAGAGUGCGGAUAUCCCGCCUCAAGUGCUCAGAGACCUGGGCUGCUUGCGACAUUCUGACCAGCGUACGCUCUUGCACGCUGCAGUGGGCCGAAAGGACCUCCAGCUGGCCCGGGCUGUGCUGCGAAGCCAGGGUCAUGGAGGCCUCUACUGCCGCGACGCUGAAGGCCGCAGCGCCCUACACCAUGCCGCUGGAGGAGGCAGCCGGGCCUCAGCACUCGAGGGCCGCGAGGCAAACAGUACUGGAGCUUUGCAGCCGCGAGUGAAUGCCAGUGCAGCCACCGAGUGGGUCCUAUCUCAGAUGCAGAUCCAUGCCGUGGACAUGGUCUCAGCAACUGACACUGCGAGAAGAAGUGCCCUCUUUUCAGCAGACGACACGGCUACGUUCAAGCUUCUCACCGCGCCGCCUCAAAGCUUGGAUGUGUCCGCCACUGACACAGCUGGCCGGGGCCUCCUUUGGUACGCAGCCGCACUGCAGCGGAACGAGAUAGUGGCAGAGCUUCUUUGCGACGAAGGCGACAUGCCUCCCGCAUCCAAUGAGACAAGUACUGUCAAUGGCACUGUGCCAGUCAAGCCACCAGGAGCAAAGGCCAAAAAGGCCUGGCAGGUAGGUUCCCAGGAGCCGGACUCCUCACCCUUCCUGGCGGCCGUGCGGCAGCGCGCAGGGCUUCGGUGUGGAGGCCUGGCGAAGGCCCCGGAGCGGUCGCAGCGGACUUUGGACCUCAUGGCCCAUUGUGGAGGCAAGCUAGCGAAGUAUAAUAUGAUCUACAGUCUAGAGUCCAGAGUCCUUAAAGGGGUUAUAUAG